CCGAGGCUGGUCUAUCCAAGGCCUCCUGGGCUAUUGAGGGGUGGGGGUACCCGGAGCCGAUAAUUGUAAGAACUGGGUCGCAGCUCGAGUCUGUCUUGAGGGCCUAAGAAAGUCUGGCUGCGGAGGGGCAGUGUCUUGGAGGGCCGAGGAAGCUGGUUGUCCUGCCCUGGAGAUGGAGGGCAGGUGCUAUGGUUGCGCGGCCAAGUUCACUCUAUUCAGGAAGGAGUGUGGUUGUAAGAACUGUGGUCGAGCCUUCUGUUCCAACUGCCUCUCCUUCAGUGCAGCUGUGCCCCGCUUUGGGAACACCCAGCAGAAGGUCUGCAAGACAUGCCAUGAGGUGCUGAGCAGAGGGCCUUCGGAGGCCAGCGUCUCCAAGUGGUCACCACCUCAGAACUACAAAAAGCGUGUUGCUGCAUUGGAGGCCAAACAGAAGUUCAUUGCUCCCCAGGGCAUGGUUUGGCCACAGGGACUAUCUCAAGAAGACCAAGUCAUUGCCAAGCGACUUGAAAAACUCCGCCAGGAAACCAAGCCUAAGGUGGUAGCUUCCCAGGCGGAGAUCGAGGCCAGGCUGGCUGCUCUUCGGGAUGAGCCUCGAGGCCCCAUCCCUUCCACCAAGGAGAUGGAGGAUCGACUAGCUGUGCUGCAGGGAAGGGUCCCCCCAUCCCAGGCUCCCCGGCCAGUCCACCAACCUCCUGACACCAGGACACAGGCCCAACAGACAGAGGACCUUUUGACACAAUUAGCAGCUGAGGUGGCAAUCGACGAAAGCUGUGAUCAAGAAACCUCACCUCCAGGUAUUUCUGUGCAAAAUGACCUUAACCGGGACAGCCCGAGGGGCUGGAAUAUUGGCCCUGCUGAACUGGCCCACCAGCAGCUGGAAGGAGAGAAAGGCAGGCUCCUGGCCGAGGCAGCGGCAGAGCUAAGGGAGGAGAACACUCGGGAGGAGAGGAUCCUGGCCCUUGCCAAGCGGCUAGCUGUACUUCGGGGCCUGGACCCCGAAGGAGUGACCUUGCAGAAUUACCACUUCCCUGACAGCGAUGAGGAUGAAGAGGAGGCCAUCCAGAGAGUCCUCCGACAGCUCACAGAGGAGGCUGCCCUAGAUGAGGCGAGCAGCUUCAACAUCCCUGCAAAGCAGGUGCCUCCACCCCAGGCCCAGCCUCAGGCUAAGGCCCUGGCUGCGGCCCCCAAAGCUGAAUCAGAGGUGGUGGAGGAGCUGCCCUGGUGCUGUAUCUGCAAUGAAGACGCCACUGUACGCUGCUACGGCUGUGAUGGUGACCUCUACUGUCCACGCUGCUUCCGGGAGGGCCAUGAUGCCUUUGAACGGAAAGAGCACAGGACGGCUGUCUACCGCGCCCCCUGCAUGAGACGAGAGCACUAAUCCCGCUGGGGCUUUGCUGGGGUUGGUCCUGCUGGAAAGGCAGCCCUGUAGUUGGUUCCUUAAGAUGCUGGGGAAGGGGCCUAGGUUCUGCCUGCAUCUCAGAGGAUGCUCCUUGUGGGUGCUACUUGGAGGUGGAGCUGGUGCUUGAAGAAGCAUGCCUUUGGCUUCCCCAGGAGGAGGCAGGAUCCUCUUUCCUAAGACGGUGACUCAGCAAGGGAAGGGCCUGGGUGUCUAGGGAAGGAUGCACUCCAAGUCAGAGCCACUGGUCAAGGGGAGGGGCUGUGUAGGGGAAGGAAAACAGAGGUCAUCUGAGCAUUUUGAUUCUUACUGUACUAAUAUUAUCAGUCUUAAAACCUGGCCCAAAAAGUUGUUCUCCCUCCUGGUCCCCUGGAAAACACACAACACCUCAUUAGCCUCCAAUAAAAUGUAUUAACUCCCCAA